AAGCUCCAUGUUUGAGGUUCGAACCCAUGACCGCGAGGUAAAGAGGCUGAUCUAACGACCCAAUUUCCAUCCUCGCUGAACAAAACUAGGAAUGUCACUGUUAAAUCUUGCCUCCACCCACCACAACAGCUAAAAGCUUGGGAAAAAAAAGAAAAAUACCGAAAAAAAGGGGGGAAAUGGGGGUUUUAUUGACGACGCUGGAGUUUUUGGCGUCUUUGCUUCUAAUCUUUCUUUUAGGUUUCGUUUCUGUAACCGUUCUGGAAGCCUACAGGAGACGUCACACUAACGCUCAUGUUGAAGCGCCGGCGAUGUUUGAGGAUCCAGAAUCAUUGAAACAGGUUCCUUGUCCUGAUAUUGUUGAUCCAGCGGAGAAAUACUUGUCUUUGAUAAUUCCAGCUUACAAUGAAGAGUAUAGGCUUCCUGGUACCCUCAACGAAACAAUGAAUUAUCUUCAACAACGGGCAGCAAAUGAUAAGUCCUUUUCUUAUGAGGUAGUGAUCGUUGAUGAUGGAAGUAAGGAUGGAACAAAGAGAGUAGCUUUUGACUUUGUAAAGAAGUAUGGCGUAGACAAUGUAAGGGUUAUCCUUCUUGGUAAAAACCAUGGAAAAGGAGAAGCAAUAAGAAAAGGAAUGCUACAUUCACGUGGUGAAUUACUUCUAAUGCUAGAUGCCGAUGGGGCUACCAAGGUUACUGACCUAGAAAAACUUGAAAACCAGAUCCAUGCAAUUGUGAGAAAAGAUUAUCACCCUGGUGAUUCAGCAGCCGGAGAGGCAACUUUUAGAAUUUCUGAUAUCCCAAUAGUUGCAUUUGGAUCUCGUGCCCAUCUUGAGGAGAAAGCUCUAGCUACGAGGAAGUGGUACCGCAAUUUUUUGAUGAAGGGUUUUCAUCUUGUGGUUCUCUUGGCUGCUGGUCCUGGAAUUCGUGAUACGCAGUGUGGUUUUAAGAUGUUUACUAGGUCUGCAGCAAGGAAGCUUUUUACCAAUAUCCGGUUGAAAAGGUGGUGUUUCGAUGUUGAAAUAGUUUUCCUUUGCAAAUGGUUUGGUAUUCCAAUGCUGGAGAUAUCUGUAAACUGGUCCGAAAUUCCAGGAUCCAAGGUAAAUCCAUUGAGUAUACCAAACAUGCUUUGGGAGCUUGCCCUCAUGUCCGUAGGAUACAGAACUCGAAUCUGGAAAAUUAACUCCUGAUGUCAGGAUUUUCUCUGAUCAAUUGAGCAAAGAUGAAAAGUUACACACGGUGCAGUGCUGAUUCGAUAAACUUAGGUUUUUCUUAUACGUUCUUUGAGAAAACACUUAUUACAAUCAGAUGAAACCAGUUUAUCGGAGCUUGUUCUUUCUGGAAUCCGCGGCUGGAAUAUGCAGUAUUUUACGGUUGUAAUAUUAGUUGAGGUAACAUUUUUUUCAACAGUUUGAUGAUCGAAUCGUGAACUUAUUUCCUGGAUAAGUACUUCAUUACAGUUUUACGAAAAAAAUACAGUUUAAUAUUCCCUA